CGGUCAUACUAACGUAAACAUUUUUUUGGCGCCGGCUAUUUGUUGCACUUAUCUAAGUAAAACAAAAAUAAGAAGAAAUGCGAGCUGUUACAGAGCCCGAUCACACCAUCCAGCUAAAUGAGGCCAUCCACUGCUACGAGAUCUGCACCAAUGACUUUGCCUACAACCUGAUUGCAGUGGCCCUUAAAAAACACCUGUGUCUGAUACUCGUGGGACUGCCGGAGGAGAGCGGGGAGUUUGGGUACACCCACCUGCAGGACCUGGACAUGGGCGACAAGGAUCAGCGGUGCGUCAGUGCUUUGGCCUUUUCGCCGGACACCUCACUAAAUUGCACACCCAACAAUGUGACUAUAUGCGCCGCCCACGGCAACCAGUUGAAUAUAUUCCGUACCGAUCUGGGCCAGUUCAAUACGGUUCAGUUGCUCCUCGGCCAUGGAGACUAUGUGAACGAUGUGUCCUGGGUUUGCGAGGGCGAGCUGCUGGCCUCCGUCAGCGAUGACUUCACCUGUAGAUUCUGGACCACCACAGGAGCCGGGGAGAAUGUGAUCACCUUCGGUCUGUCCUCCGCAGGAAUGUCCAUUAAGAGCCACCCCGAGGAUCCCAACAAGGUGCUGGUGGCGGAGAAGAAAGGAAUCAUCCAUCUUUACAAUGUGAGGAGUAAGCAGACUGUUAUCUCCGUGGAGUCGCCCAAGUUUCCGCUAAUGUCUGCAGAUUGGGCCCACAGCAAUAGGCUUUUUAUCACCUCUCUCGCUGGCGGGGAUGUCAUUACUUGGGAUCUUAACAGACCCUUUGUGCCUGCGGAUGUGAAGCAGGUUCACGAAGAUUGCGGCCGAGUGGUACGAUUUGCACCAGGAAGCUCGGAAAUGGUCAUCGCCAUGAUCAUUGGCCUUACGCUGAAGGUAUUCGCAGCCAAAUCCACGGUUCCAUUGCUCGAGGCUUCCCUAAAAACUUUUGGCGGAAUGGCCUGGCAUCAGCGAUUGCCGUAUAUCAGUGCGGUAUCUGAUAGGAAACUACUUUUCUGGAAGGUGCAAAUGAAGUAAAGUACUGUAUACAAUAAAUGAAAAUUAUUUCUUUUAACAUUCUAUAA